AUGAUAACGGACAAUUACUACACUAGCAUACCUUUGGCAAGGUACCUAAAAGAACAAGGUACUGAUUUGUGUGGAACAAUACGCAAAAACCGCCGAGAACUGCCCCAAGAAGUAGUUCAGCAACGUUUAGAAAAAGGUCAAAUUUCUGUGCAGCAGAACAACUUUGCGACCAUCCUAAAAUGGCAUGAUAAACGGGAUGUGCUUAUGUUGUCGACGUGUCACAACCACGAAAUGCAAAUGUCAACUGGUUUUCGAAGAGUUUUGAAGCCUACUAUGGUGCUGACCUACAAUGAAGGGAAGAAAGGCAUAGACUUGGCUGAUCAACUAGCAAGUUACAAUUCGCCGGCGAGGAAAACCUCUGUUUGGUAUAAGAAAAUUGCUGCGGACCUUGUUUCUAUAAGUGUAGUGAAUGCCAUUCUGAUUUAUAACGAGUUACAUCCACAGUCAAAAUUGAAGGUUCUGGAUGGUCAUCAAAUCAUUAUAAAGAAAUUACUUAAGGUUGAAACUGAGAACUGUUCAAGUUCCAGUUCUGCGAGUUCUUUGCGUCCUACAAGUCACAAGUUAACGAAAAUACCCAAGAAAGCUAAUGGAAAAAUUUGGCAAAAACGUUGUGCCAGUUGCUACAAAAAGCUGAAAGAAUCGGGAUUCACAGCUACUGAUGCAAGGAAGAAGACUUCACAAGUUACAACUGAGUGCAUUCCAUGUAAAAAACCAUUUUGCUUACAAUGUUAUAACGAAUCUCACUAA